AUGCAGCUUAAAAUAAUGAUGCCGAAAAAGAAGCACUUAUCUGCAGGCCGAGCACCCCUGAUACUCUUCCUGUGCCAGAUGAUUAGUGCACUGGAAGUCCCUCUUGAUCCAAAACUUCUUGAAGACUUGGUACAACCUCCAACCAUUACUCAACAGUCUCCAAAAGAUUACAUUAUUGACCCACGGGAGAAUAUUGUAAUCCAGUGUGAGGCCAAAGGGAAACCUCCUCCAAGUUUCUCCUGGACCCGAAAUGGGACUCAUUUCGACAUAGAUAAAGACCCUCUUGUCACCAUGAAGUCUGGCUCGGGAACCCUCACAGUCAACAUCAUGAGCGAGGGGAAAGCAGAGACCUAUGAAGGAGUUUAUCAGUGUACAGCCAGGAACGAGCGUGGGGCUGCAAUUUCUAAUAACAUUGUCAUCCGUCCAUCCAGGUCACCAUUGUGGACCAAAGAAAAACUUGAACGAAUAACACUUAGAAAUGGCCAGUCUUUGGUACUUCCCUGCAGACCCCCAGUUGGGUUACCACCACCUAUAAUAUUCUGGAUGGAUAAUUCCUUUCAAAGACUUCCACAGAGUGAGAGAGUUUCCCAGGGUCUGAAUGGAGACCUUUAUUUUUCCAAUGUGCUCCCAGAGGAUACCCGGGAAGACUACAUCUGUUACGCACGAUUUAAUCACACUCAAACCAUACAGCAGAAGCAACCUAUUUCUGUGAAGGUGAUUUCAGUGGAUGAAUUGAAUGACACUAUAGCUGCUAAUUUGAGUGACACUGAGUUUUAUGGUGCUAAAUCACAUAGAGAGAGGCCACCAACAUUUUUAACUCCAGAAGGCAAUGCAAGCCGCAAAGAGGAAUUACGAGGAAAUGUCCUUUCACUUGAGUGCAUUGCAGAAGGGCUGCCUACCCCAAUUAUUUACUGGAUAAAAGAAGAUGGAACACUCCCCAUCAACCGGACAUUUUAUAGGAACUUUAAGAAAACUCUGCAGAUUGUUCAGGUUACAGAAGCAGACUCUGGGAAUUACCAGUGUAUAGCCAAAAAUGCACUAGGAGCCAUCCAUCAUGUCAUUUCUGUCACAGUUAAAGCGGCUCCAUACUGGAUCAUAGCACCUCAAAAUCUUGUGCUGUCCCCAGGAGAGGAUGGAACCCUGAUCUGCAGAGCUAAUGGCAACCCCAAACCCAGAAUUAGCUGGUUAUUGAAUGGAGUCCCGAUAGAAAUUGCCCCUGAUGACCCCAGCAGAAAAAUAGAUGGCGAUACCAUUAUUUUUUCAAACGUUCAAGAAAGAUCAAGUGCGGUAUAUCAGUGUAAUGCCUCUAACGAAUAUGGAUAUUUACUGGCAAAUGCAUUUGUAAAUGUCCUGGCUGAGCCACCACGAAUCCUUACGUCUGCAGACACACUCUAUCAAGUCAUUGCAAACAGGCCUGCUCUGCUAGACUGUGCCUUCUUUGGGUCUCCUCUGCCUACCAUCGAGUGGUUUAAAGGUGCUAAAGGGGGUGCUCUUCAUGAAGAUAUCUAUGUUUUACAUGAAAAUGGAACUUUGGAAAUUCCUGUGGCCCAGAAGGACAGUACAGGAACUUAUACAUGUGUUGCAAGGAAUCAAUUAGGAAUGGCGAAGAAUGACAUUCACUUAGAGAUCAAAGAUCCAACGAGGAUCAUUAAACAGCCUGAAUAUGCAGUUGUGCAAAGAGGGAGCACGGUGUCCUUUGAAUGCGUAGUGAAACACGAUCACACUUUAAUCCCCACCGUCACGUGGCUGAAGGACCACAGGGAGCUGCCCAGUGACGGAAGGUUCACUGUUGACAAGGACCAUUUGGUGGUCACUGAUGUCAGUGAUGACGAUGGUGGGACCUACACAUGUGUGGCCAACACAACUCUGGACAACGUUUCGGCCAGUGCUGUACUCAGCGUUGUCGCUCCCACUCCAACUCCAGCUCCCAUUUACGAUGUCCCAAAUCCUCCCUUUGAUUUAGAAUUGACGGAUCAACUAGACAGGAGUGUUCAGCUGUCAUGGACCCCAGGCGAUGACAACAAUAGCCCUAUUACAAAAUUCAUCAUUGAAUAUGAAGAUGCAAUGCAUGAGCCGGGGCUGUGGCAUCACCAAACUGAAGUCUCUGGAGCUCAGACCACAGCCCAGCUGAAGUUGUCACCCUAUGUCAACUAUUCCUUCCGAGUGAUGGCCGUGAACAGCCUGGGGAGGAGCUUGCCCAGCGAGGCAUCUGAGCAGUAUUUGACUAAAGCUGCAGAACCAGAUAAAAAUCCCACGGCUGUGGAAGGGCUGGGAUCAGAGCCGGAUAAUUUGGUGAUUACGUGGAAGCCCUUGAAUGGUUUCGAAUCUAAUGGGCCAGGCCUUCAGUACAAAGUUAGCUGGCGCCAGAAGGAUGGUGAUGAUGAAUGGACGUCUAUGGUGGUGGCAGACGUAUCCAAAUACAUUGUCUCGGGCACCCCGACCUUUGUCCCAUACCUGAUCAAAGUUCAGGCCCUGAACGACGCGGGCUUUGCUCCAGAGCCAGCUGUGGUCCUGGGACAUUCUGGAGAAGACCUCCCAAUGGUGGCUCCUGGGAAUGUGCACGUAAAUGUGGUAAACAGCACCUUAGCUGAGGUGCACUGGGACCCGGUACCUCUGAAAAGUAUCCGAGGACACCUGCAGGGCUAUCGGAUUUACUACUGGAAGGCACAGAGUUCAUCAACAAGAAACAGACGCCAUAUUGAGAAAAAGAUCCUCACUUUCCAGGGCAGCAAGACUCAUGGCAUGUUGCCUGGGCUGGAGCCCUUUAGCCACUACACACUGAAUGUCCGCGUGGUCAAUGGGAAAGGGGAGGGCCCAGCCAGCCCCGACAGGGUCUUCAAUACCCCGGAAGGAGUCCCCAGCGCUCCAUCCUCUUUGAAGAUUGUUAAUCCAACACUAGAUUCUCUCACUUUGGAAUGGGAGCCACCAAGCCACCCAAAUGGCAUUCUGACAGAGUACACCUUAAAAUAUCAGCCAAUUAACAGCACCCAUGAAUUAGGCCCUCUGGUAGAUUUGAAAAUUCCUGCCAACAAGACCCGCUGGACUUUAAAAAAUUUAAAUUUCAGCACUCGGUAUAAAUUUUAUUUCUAUGCACAAACAGCAGCAGGAUCAGGAAGUCAAAUAACAGAGGAAGCAAUAACAACUGUGGAUGAAGGUAAGAUGGCUGGUAUUCUCCCACCUGAUGUAGGUGCAGGCAAAGCGAUGGCAAGCCGGCAGGUGGAUAUAGCGACUCAGGGCUGGUUCAUUGGUCUAAUGUGUGCUGUCGCUCUCCUGAUCUUAAUUUUGCUGAUCGUUUGCUUCAUCAGAAGAAACAAAGGUGGUAAAUAUCCAGUUAAAGAAAAGGAAGAUGCCCAUGCGGAUCCUGAAAUCCAACCUAUGAAGGAAGAUGACGGCACUUUUGGAGAAUACAGUGAUGCAGAAGACCACAAGCCUUUAAAAAAAGGCAGUCGAACACCUUCAGACAGGACUGUGAAAAAGGAAGAUAGUGAUGACAGCCUAGUUGACUAUGGAGAGGGGGUGAAUGGCCAGUUCAAUGAGGACGGCUCCUUUAUUGGACAGUACAGUGGGAAGAAAGAGAAAGAACCAGCUGAAGGAAACGAAAGCUCAGAGGCACCGUCUCCCGUCAACGCCAUGAAUUCCUUUGUUUAA